AUGCCUGCCAAGGUGCUGGCCGCGGACGAUUGGUUCGAGGUGUCCCUCGUCAAGCAAACCACUUCAACGAUCACCUUCCGGUGGACGUUCCGCAACCCGCUCGAUGUGCCUUACGACCUGUUCAAGAUCGAGAAGUGCUACAGCGUGAAGCGCGACCGAUGGCAAACGGUGCACUGGAGCACGGCGGCCACCUUGACGGUGCGUAACCUGGAGCAGAACCUGUGCUACUCGUUCCGGGCCAGCGUCCUCCAUCAGCCGACGGAUGGGGCCUUUCAGUACGUCUACCAGUCGCCCAUCUUCAAGGCCUGCACCUGCACCCUGCCGAACGUGUCCACGAUGGGUAUCUACAGGGCGGUGAAGAAGUGUCAACCAACUCUCGUCCGACGGUUGCUGUACGCGGCCCCCGAGCUCGUUAACGUCCCGGUACACGGUGAAACCUUCCUCUACCUGGCAGUCCGCAGUGGCAGUUUGGAGCUGGUAAAUGCUCUGCUCGAUUCCGGCGCGAACAUCGAUCUCGGCGUGCCGGACACGAACGUCACGCCACUGCACCUGGCAGUGUACGGGCGCAACCUGACGAUCCUGCGA